AGGCCAGAGAUGGGUGAAGAGGAAGAAGGAUGUGACCAGAGAAUUUGGCAACUUUGGACUUUUUAGAUACUUUCUGGGUAUAAAAUCCAUCUCAGAUGCUGAAGACUAGACAUCGCUCACUGUUGUCAACCACCAGUUGCCUAUAAGUUAGAUACCCGGUUCUGACCCUCUGGACUCUCAACUAUGUUGAACACCUCUGAUGAUGCCAACUUUUCUUGCUACCACCCAUCAGUAGUGGGCUAUCGCUAUGUUGCUGUGAGCUGGGGUGUGGUGGUGGCAGUGACUGGCACUGUUGGCAACCUGCUUACCUUGAUAAUCCUGGGUGUCCAGCCCAAGCUCCGUACCCAUUUCAACCUUCUCAUUGCCAACCUCACUUUGGCCGACCUCAUCUACUGUGCUCUUCUUCAACCAUUCUCUGUGGACUCCUACCUCUAUCUUCGUUGGCGUACUGGGGCUAUCUUUUGCCGGAUCUUUGGUCUCCUGCUCUUUGCCACCAACUCUGUCUCCAUCCUUACCCUCUGCCUCAUUGCCUUUGGCAGAUACCUUCUCAUAGCCCACCCUACCCUCUUCCCCCGGAUCUUCACAGCCAAGAGGGUGGCACUGGCAUUGGUCAGUACAUGGGUGGUGGGUGUGGUGAGCUUUGCCCCACUCUGGCCCAUCUACAUCCUGGUGCCUGUCGUCUGUACAUGUAGCUUUGAUAGAAUCCGGGGUCGUCCUUACACCACCAUCCUAAUGGGCAUCUACUUUGUGCUUGGGCUCAGUUCUGUUGGCAUCUUCUAUUGCCUCAUUCACCGUCAAGUGAGGCGGGCAGCCCGGGCACUGGACCAGUACAAACUUCGCCAGGCCAGCUUCCGAACUGGAAAUGUUGCUGGAGUUGGAGAAGCCCUACCUGGACACUUUCAAGAGCUGGACAGUGGUCUGGCAUCAGGGGUGGCCAGUGAGGGGACAUCAUCUGAGCCAGGCAGUACUGCAACAACCCACACCUUGGAGAAUGACUCAUCUAAAACAGGAAGCCAGGAAAACAACAGAGUAUCUAGGGCAGAAAAGAGCAGCCAAGGGGUGGCUACCCGCAUGCCACCUGCUAAAGCAACUAAGAAGGCCCAGGAUGGCCCAUCGGAGUUUGGGAAGGUGACUCGGAUGUGUUUUGUGGUGUUCCUCUUUUUCUCCCUCAGUUAUAUCCCUUUUCUGCUUCUUAAUAUAUUUGAUGCUCGGGUUCAGGCCCCACGAAUCCUGCACAUGCUUGCUGCCAAUCUUACCUGGCUCAAUGGUUGCAUCAACCCUGUACUUUAUGCAGCCAUGAACCGUCAGUUCCGUGAGGCAUAUGGGUGCAUCCUGAGACGGGGACCCCAGAGUUUCCGAAGACUCCGGUAACACUUUAGGCACCGGCAGGAAAUGGGUCCCACCUACACUACCAACGAAGUGGGGGCAUCAUGGCCAUGGGCACCAGCAGGACAUGUGGACAUCAUCAUGGAUUGGGUCUCUUCUGUGCCCAUCUCUUUAGCUUCCCCAUCCUCUACCCUUGUGUUAGCAUUACUAUUAAUAAACAGGCUUGGUGA